AUGUCCAGUCAGAACCGAGGCGACCGAGAAAUUGAUAUUUUCGUUGAGCAGUUCAUCAGCCAACUGAAACGUCGACAGUUGUCGGGAUCACACGCAGUUGCUCUGGCCACGGCACAACUGCUUCUGCGGUUUGUUUCUGCCGCAAGAUGGAAUCACAUUGACUCUCUAGUCAAGGACAUUCGUGCCCUGGGAGUGCGUCUGGUGCAGACCGCCCCCAAGGAGAUUGCGUGUCGAAAUAUCGUAUCGCGAGUGCUGACACUGAUUCGGGAGGAGCAGCACGGCCACAAGGCCGAAAACGGCGGGCUUAGCGGCAGCAUGCUGGGUCUUUUGGAGAAGAACGACAAGAAGGAGGAGGUGCUGGACAAGGCUGCUUUGCGACAGGCGAACCGAGAUAUCCGGCCCUACAUCAUCGAGGGUAUUCAGGAUCUGAUUGACGAGGUCGCCAACAUCGAGGAGAACAUUGCCAAAAUGUCUGUCGACGAGAUCCACGACAACCAGAUCAUUCUGACCCCGACCCCUGCAUCCGAAACCGUGCUGCUGUUUCUGCUCAAGGCCGCACGUAAGCGAAACUUCACCGUUCUGGUCACCGAGGGCUUCCCCAACCAGAUUGAUGCAGCACACAACAUGGUGGAGAAACUGACAAAGGCCGGAGUCGAGGCCAUCAUCAUCCCCGAUGCUGCCGUCUACGCCGUCAUGUCUAAGGUCGGACGAGUCAUCAUGGGCACUUCUACCGUGCUGGCCAAUGGAGGAUGUCUUUCAUCAGCUGGAUCUGCUCUCGUUUGCGCCACAGCAACACAGCAUUCCACCCCCGUGGUGGUACUUACAGCCAUCUACAAGCUGUCCCCCGUGUACCCCUUCGAUGUGCCCAGCAUGAUUGAGAUUGGCUCUUCGGCACAGGUGGCCGACUACUCCGACUCGGAGAUUGUGGAGGGCUUUCAAGUGUUCAACCCUCUUGCCGAUUACGUGCCCCCGGAGGACAUCCAGAUCUACAACACAAACAUUGGCGAGUUCAGCCCUGCCUUUAUAUAUAGAAUUGUGCUGGAUCACUACAGUGAUGCGGGUAACUUGUGA